GCCAAAGGUCGUUGCGGUGCUCAUGUGCCACCCCCAGGACCCCCGCACUUUUAAAACUGCUGCUCCGCCUCUGCCCUGUUGUCAAUAACGGUACAAAUCUUUUCAUUUGUGCUUUGUAAAGAUGACGAACUCACAACGUGUAAUUUUCUCCGGUGCCCUCAGGUAAACUCUGCUGCGCUGACCUAUGACCCCUGCGAAGAACGGACCUGUGGAGAGGGGGACACACGGGUGAAGAAGGGGUGUGGGCUGGAAGGUGUCGCUGGUGAUGUCACAAAUCCUAGCCAUCCAGGAUUGGACCCUAAUUAGAAAGCUCGGCAGCACACAGAUAGCGGCGCCGCAUGGCUGCUUCCAAAGUGGCUGAUGCCCGAGUUUCUGCAGAGCCACGGAAAACAGUCGGAGCGCAGAGGAGAGGAAGAGGUGGAAGAGUGCUGCUGCUGCUGCGCUGCAAACAGUCUCAGUGCGAGCUGGAGUUCCAGAGGUGACACACGAACAGCGAGGACGCCCCCCCACACUCUGGUUUGGGGAGAGAGAGAGAGAGAGGGAGGGAGAGAGAGAGAGAGAGAGUGAGAGAGACGAGUACAUAACCUGAGUCUACGUCUGAGACGAGGUCGCUGCUUUGUCGCACAGCAACGGAGUCUGAAUCGAGACAAGUACAAAGAGCAGAGUCGAGCCUCCGAGUCCAAGUUUGUCCCCCCCGCGCGUCUCUCCAAAAAGGCUGCGCUUCAUGGCAUCCGUACUUGGAAACGGCAGCCGCGCGUCCGGGGCUCAGAGCGGCCAGAUGAAAUGCAAGCUGAAGAGGAGGCGCAGGAGGCGAUGUAAGAGAAAAGAGAAAGUCAGUAUGCUGUCGGCAUUGAUCGCUCCCUUCAAGUACAUAAGCCCUGGGACCAGCAGCACAGAGGACGAGGACAGUUUAAGUACCAGCAGUGCAGAUGUCAAGGAAAACCGUAACAUCGGUAACUUGGAGGAUCGCACUAUAGGAUCCGCAGAGUGCCAGUCGCUUUUCUGCUCCGACUCCGCGAGAAGCGCCAGUUCUGGACUGAAGAGGAAAAGACCACUAGAGGAAGACAACAACGGCCACUUGUGUCAACUCCGUCUGAUCUAUAAAAAACUGUCCUGGUCUGAGGCUCCAAAGAAUGCUUUGGUGCAGCUGAAUGAACUGCGACCUGGCCUGCAGUAUCACGUGGUGUCUCAAACUGGGCCGGUCCACGCCCCUGUCUUCUCCAUCGCUGUGGAGGUGAAUGGGCUGACCUUCGAGGGCACCGGGCCCACAAAGAAGAAGGCAAAGAUGAGGGCUGCAGAGUUGGCGCUCAAAUCCUUCGUCCAGUUCCCAAAUGCUCCUCAGGCCCACCUGGCCAUGGGAAACAUCUCCAACCCUUCGGCUGACUUCACCUCAGACCAGGCGGACUUCUCCGACACACUCUUCAAGGAGUUCGAGUCUUCCUCCUGCUCUGACGGCCUCUCUCUUUGCAACUCGGCCGCUGAAAGCAAGCUACUAUCGAGUGAGUUACUGCGACAUGGACGGUUGCUUCGCCACACAUUGGACCUCAUGGUGCAGGCACAACAGAGACUAGGUGGGAUUGUUCCAGAACCCGACACCCCCAAAAGCCCCGUAGCGUUGCUGAAUGAGCUCCGACCAGGCUUGCGUUACGCCUGUCUCUCGGAGCGGGCCGAGGGCCGGCGGCUGCAUAGUUUUGUCAUGGCAGUGCGUGUGGACGGACGGAUAUUUGAGGGCUGCGGUCGCAGCAAGAAGCUGGCCAAGACUCAGGCGGCCCAGUGUGCUCUUCAGGCGCUCUUCAACAUCAGGACGGCCCCUGAGGGCAGAACAGGCCUCAAAGCCAGCAGGAAGAGUUGUCCUCAUUUACCCCAGGAUUUCGCCGAUUCAAUAUUCCACCUAGUGAGAGAGAAGUACCGCUCACUGGUCGGCGGCUGCAGUCCUGCACACGCUCGCCACAAGUCCCUGGCAGGCAUCGUAAUGACCCAAGGGCUGGACCUCAGGCACGCCCAGGUGGUGGCCUUAUCCACGGGCACCAAGUGUAUAAACGGCGAGUACCUGAGUGACCAGGGACAGGCGGUCAACGACUGUCACGCCGAAGUAACGGCCCGCAGAGCCCUGCUCCGCUUCCUGUACUCACAACUUGAACUCCUCCUAAGUAAAAGGCCAGAGGACUGGGAGGAGUCGAUAUUCGUGCGGCACAAAGAGUCCGGCUGUAGAUUGAGAGACGACAUCCAUUUCCACAUGUACAUCAGCACCUCGCCGUGUGGCGACGGGAGACUAAACUCGCCCUACGAAAUCAGCACAGACUUACACAGCAGCAGACACCUCAUGAGGAAGCACCGCAACCAUCUGCGCACCAAAAUCGAGUCGGGCGAGGGAACGGUGCCGGUGCGGUGUCGAGGGCCCGUUCAGACGUGGGACGGCGUCUUACAGGGCGAGCAGCUCAUCACCAUGUCCUGCACCGACAAACUCACCAGAUGGAACGUCCUGGGACUGCAGGGGGCAUUGCUGAGUCACUUUGUGGAGCCGGUGUACCUGCACAGCGUGACGGUCGGCAGCUUGCGCCACACGGGCCAUCUGGGCCGAGUUCUGAACCAGCGGCUGGAGCGGCUCGGCCCCUUGCCCGCGACAUACAGACGCAACCAGCCCCUGCUCAGCGGGCUGAGCAGUGCUGAGUAUCAGCCGCCGGGGAAGUCUUCUUGUGUGAGCGUCAACUGGACGCUGGGAGACGCACAGAUGGAGAUGGUCAGCACGGCCACGGGACGCAGGCGGGACUCGGGGACUCCCUCGCGACUCUGCAAGCACGCCCUGUUCACCCGCUGGAGCAGACUGUACCGCAAGCUGGGAAUCCAUGUGUGUGGCUCGGUGGACCACCAGCUCCUCUACUGCGAGGCCAAGAUGGCGGCCCGUCCCUACCAGACAGUGAAGCAGCAGUGGUUCAGAUCUCUGCAGGAAACGGGCCUCGGCACCUGGGUGAAGAAACCUCCGGAGCAGGAGCAGUUCCUGCUGUCGCUCUGAGGACGUCUGUGUGUGUGUGUGUUUUAUAGAAAAGCCCGACACCAUGUUUCACAGAGUCGUACCUGGACGUUUCACCUGUGCCACCUUUCAUCAUCGCUCAUCACAGACAACAUAAAGAGGAACGGCACGGUGGCUGAGUGGCAGACGGACCAAACAUGGUGGAUUCCUUUGAAAUCCAACGACUCUUAACAAACACCACCCCUAAAUAUUGCACUCUUCAGCUGUCAGGAAAGGGUGGGGUAACCUUGAGCCGAAUGAAAGACAGCCCCUAUCUUGUCAUCAGCUAUUUCCGGGCCCCAAGGCUCCCACUGAGGAGCCGAGCCGCGGGGGAGAGGGAGAGAGAGGGAGGGAGAAGGAGGAAAAAGAAAAAGAGAGAGAAAGCAAGGUCCACGUCCAAUUACCAGCCCUGUCAGGGUGACGGCUGAUAGAGGAAGAGGAGGGGAGCCAAGGAGGGGAGGGAAAAAAAGGGGGGGAGAACAGACUUUUUGCUUCAGAUCUGCCCUGCUCACCUCCUCUUUUUUUUUUUCAUUUCUGUCUUUGUCCUCCUUCUCUGACUCACCCUUUAACUCAUAACUCCCCUCUGCUUUUGUCUCCGUCUCUCAGUCCUCGCCGCCCUACAAAAUUUGCCGUACCUUUCAUGACACGACCCCGGGUUAACACUCACCGUGGUGGGCGGAGGGAAGUAUAGUGGAGUAGGUACAUAAAUGCAGCCAUUACAGGUGGAGAAGCACAGUCAGGGACCUAUUUUUAUUUAUUUGAAUUUCCUCAUUGUGGUUUUGACCCAAUGUCUCUUCUGAACCACCGUUUAAAGCUAGUUUUUCGGGUCAUGGGUCAUUAGUGAGAGCUUGUUGACCUCAUCGACCUUGUACCCUAGUGUGUCAUGACCACCCAGACCAGACAUUAGUCAAGAUUGUGGGUUUUUUUUUCUUGUCUAGUUGCUUCAUAUAUGUAUUUUUAUAUUAGUCAUCCCUAUUAUUUUGUUUGGCGUAUUUAACAGUGUGAAUGGACAUGCUGUUCUUGUUGUGCUGUGAGUAUGUUUUUGUCACCGAAUAUUUUUCUUUGAGAAAUUUUAAACACAGGAGAAAUGUAUUACAAUGACGGCCCAGAGAUCAAAUCGAAGUUGUGAGAGUGACAUCUAGUGGUGCUUUGCGCUCCCAAAAGGACAAGGACCUGAACCUUAGCCAAAAAGUAUGUGAUAUCUUCAGUCAUGGGGGGGGGGUUGUUUUGUUUUUUUGUUUGUUUGUUUGUUUGUUUGUUUAAUUUUUUUUACAGUGAGUUCAGUAUGUCCAGUACAUUUCUAAUAUGAUACGAAUGAAGUUAUGUAAAAUUGUAGUAUUGCUUCCUCGGCAACUACAGUACACAAAUAAUAUUAGUUGUCUGUCUGUUGUUAAAAAUAUCAUUUAAAUAAAAUACAUAUAUACAUACUUUUAUAUAUAUUUAUAUAUAUAUACAUAUAUGUAUAUAUAUAUAUACAUAUAUGUAUAUAUGUAUAUAUUCUCUCAGUACAACCCAGAGGACCUUUUUUUCAUUUAAUAACUGUAGUUUGCGCCAAGUCUCGAUUAUGUGAUAUUGCAGUGACAAAGUCAAUUUUAUACAAAACGUUUCACCCAUUCUUUAAUACCCAGAUUUUUUAAUAUCUUGUCAUUAAUUAUUAUUAUUAUUAUUAUUAUUAUUAUAUUACCUUAGCUAUACAUUACAAUUCAUUUCCAUUUUUCUUGAACCCGUGUAGUUCCUCUCUUACCCUCUAGGUGAAACGUAGUGGCGUUACUACAAAAAGAUUCAAUUCUUUUCUUCGGCCUGUAGUAAAUCCUAAAUCAUCGUCGUGCUGUAUAUUCCUAAUCUCAUGUCUGAAUUAGCCAUGGCCACCGAUCUACAGAGUAUAAGGCAUGUCUCAAUGGCAAUAUUGUAUCUACGAGUGUACAUAUGUAAAAGAGCUGUAUAAACGACAAUGUCGACAAAGAUGUGAGAGAGGUCCUACGAUGUCUAAUUAUGAUGUAUAUUAAAGUAUACCAAGAAUUGCUGCUCUGGUUUGUAAAAUGCACUUCAGUUACGAAUACAAAGUGAAUGUUUGUACUGUAUAUGUGAAUAAACGGGGAAAAGUCUUGUAAUUUCUUUCUUCUCAAACAUUGUAAUUCAUGCCGAUAACGUUCUCCCGCCAAACGUCACCAAACUUCCAAACUUUCCUUCAAAAGCAUGUGUCAAUAAGUAGAGAAUGUGUGCUUUUGCCUGUGUUUAACCAAAUGUUUAUUGUUUGGUUAACACCUUCCGCCAUUAAGCAAAAUGUACCUUCAUGAUAUCGAUUAUUUUCGCCCUGUUUAGCGUCCAUCCUGAUAGCUAACGUUUCAGUGAAGUAGAGUCAUACCAGAGCACAUUCAGAAAUUGCUGUUUGGCCGUUUGUUUUUUCUUUUUUUUUUUGCACAGUACUCCAUUAAAUAUACAUAACGUCGUCCUUAUAACAAUUGAUAUUGGGUCAUUAUUACUUUUCCUGCUUCAUGAUAACCUCCACUCUUAGCCAGUUUUGGCCCGCAGGUGCAUUCAGUCAAAUAUUAAAGACGCCCCCCCUCUUGCUUUUUCUCCUUGGGGAAAUCCAGCAGGAGGUGGUUAUCUCUGUUAGGCUCGGUGGCAGGUGUCACACAGACCAGCCACCAAAUUAGCCUGGAGGAAGAAUGAAGUGAGGAAGAUGAGGAGAAAGAGGAGUUGGAGGUAAGUCUCCGUAGCAGCAUCCCCACCUCCCUUUCUCCCCCGAGGCCACUGAGUCAGUUGUGUGCUCCACUGUAAACAUCAUAAUUGACAAUUCACUGUGGUGGCUG